CUCUGUCUCCUAGCCGCAGCCUCUGCCGUUGGCAAGGAGGAUGGCCUGAUCCGGCAGGUGGUAGACGGCGUCACCGCCUCCGACGAUGUUGACAACGAUCUAACGCUUAACGCGGAUGCUCACUUCUCCAGCUUCCUCCGAACCUACGGGAAGAACUACACCGACGCCGACGAGCAUGUUCAUCGAUUCAAGAUCUUUAAGGCUAAUCUCCGGAGGGCGAUGAGGCACCAGAAACUGGACCCUUCUGCUGUUCAUGGAAUAACGAAGUUCUCUGAUCUCACGCCGGCGGAGUUCCGUCGGAAGUAUCUUGGAGUCAGGCAGAACCGUCGCUUACUAGGGAGUAUACAUGAGGCUCCGAUAUUACCGACGAAUGAUCUCCCUACUGAUUUUGACUGGAGGGAUCAAGGUGCCGUCACUGGCGUGAAGGAUCAGGGGUCUUGUGGCUCUUGCUGGUCGUUUAGUGCGGCAGCAGCUGUGGAAGGGGCGAAUUUUCUGGCAACUGGAAAAUUAAUUAGCCUUAGCGAGCAGCAAAUGGUUGACUGCGAUCAUAUGGUUCGUGAUUAAAAACUUACCGAUUCC